AUGCCGCAUCGAGAAAAACAUGCUCCGAUACAAUGCCAGCUCUUCGACUAUCACCUUCUAGACUCGUGGAGAGCCACUCAUCUUUACGAGGCUUUAUCCUACGUAUGGGGAUCUCCGAACAAAUGUCGGUCUAUUUUUACAGACGACGGGGAUCUCCGUGUCACAGAAAACCUUCAUGCUGCGCUAUCUUGGCUUCGGGAUCGCUCCUUGCCACGAGUCAUUUGGGUUGAUGCUAUUUGCAUUAAUCAGAGUGACACGGAAGAGCGAAACCGCCAAGUUCAGCUCAUGGCAAAGAUCUAUGCGAAAGCAAAUCGUGUGAUCGUUUGGCUUGAAGAGGCGACGCCGGGUCAUGGUCAAGCAGCUGGACAGGCCACAACUGAUAGCGAUCAAGCGCUCAAAAGUAUAGAAAUCGCUGCCGAAGAGCGGUCUACGUCUUCAAAUAGGGAGGCGAACCAGCAAGCCGUACAAAAGCUACUUCAACAGGGGUGGUUCCGGCGCAUCUGGGUCCUUCAGGAAGUUGCUGCAGCUCGACAUAUUGUGAUCGCAUGCCAUUCCAUGGAGAUUGAUGGAUACGCUUUUUGCGAAGGUUUAAAGGCGCUGAACAACACUUGCGGAGAUCUUGACCUACUGAGUCGGACUCGUUCGGCGAUUUAUCUUAUAAAGGGCGCAGGACUCCGGUCUAAAUACGCAACUAGUCGCUCGAACAGGUUUUCUCUUUAUAUACGCCCCCUCGGAGAACUGCUAGAUAUGUACCACAACCGUGAGGCUACGGAGCGUUUAGACAAGGUUUACGCCUUGCUCGGCAUGAGCUCUGACGAUGAUAUCCCAGCUGAUUUGUUGCCUGACUACAACAUCCAAUGGAAGGACCUCUUUCAUCGACUUGUCAAAUUUCUUGUCGGCACCCAAGCAUCUAUGGCUAAUUUACUUGGGAGAAGGGGAAGCGACACGCAUAUUACUGAAAGAAAGACAAUACGCCUCACAGGAGCUUUUGAUCAAGAAGUGAUAGCACUACUCCUCCAUCAGCGCAGUGAUGAAGUCAAGAUCACUGCUGAAGUGGUUCAAGCAGCAGCUGGAAACUUGAAGAGCAGCAGAGAAGUGAUGGCAUUGCUUCUGGAUCAGCGCAGCGAUGAAGUCAAGAUUACUGCUGAAGUGGUCCAAGCAGCAGCUGGAAAUGAGAGGAGCGGCAGAGAAGUGAUGGCAUUGCUUCUGGAUCAGCGCAGCGAUGAAGUCAAGAUUACUGCUGAAGUGGUCCAAGCAGCAGCUGGAAAUGAGGGAAGCGGCAGAGAAGUGAUAGCAUUGCUUCUGGAUCAGCGCAGCGAUGAAGUUAAGAUUACUGCUGAAGUGGUUCAAGCAGCAGCUGGAAAUUGGAGGAGCAGCAGAGAAGUGAUGGCAUUGCUUCUGGAUCAGCGCAGCGAUGAAGUUAAGAUUACUGCUGAAGUGGUUCAAGCAGCAGCUGGAAAUGGGGGGAGCGGCGAAGAAGUGAUGGCAUUGCUCUUGGAUCAGCACAGAGACAGAAUAGUCCAAGCAGCAGCUGGAAAUUGGAGGAGCAGCAGAGAAGUGAUGGCAUUGCUUCUGGAUCAGCGCAGCGAUGAGGUUAAGAUUACUGCUGAAGUGGUUCAAGCAGCAGCUGGAAAUGAGGGAAGCGGCAGAGAAGUGAUGGCAUUGCUUCUGGAUCAGCGCAGCGAUGAAGUCAAGAUUACUGCUGAAGUGGUUCAAGCAGCAGCUGGAAAUGAGGGAAGCGGCAGAGAAGUGAUGGCAUUGCUUCUGGAUCAGCGCAGCGAUGAGGUUAAGAUUACUGCUGAAGUGGUUCAAGCAGCAGCUGGAAAUUGGAGGAGCAGCAGAGAAGUGAUGGCAUUGCUUCUGGAUCAGCGCAGCGAUGAGGUCAAGAUUACUGCUGAAGUGGUCCAAGCAGCAGCUGGAAAUUGGAGGAGCGGCAGAGAAGUGAUGGCAUUGCUUCUGGAUCAGCGCAGCGAUGAGGUUAAGAUUACUGCUGAAGUGGUUCAAGCAGCAGCUGGAAAUUGGAGGAGCAGCAGAGAAGUGAUGGCAUUGCUUCUGGAUCAGCGCAGCGAUGAGGUCAAGAUUACUGCUGAAGUGGUCCAAGCAGCAGCUGGAAAUUGGAGGAGCGGCAGAGAAGUGAUGGCAUUGCUUCUGGAUCAGCGCAGCGAUGAGGUCAAGAUUACUGCUGAAGUGGUCCAAGCAGCAGCUGGAAAUUGGAGGAGCGGCAGAGAAGUGAUGGCAUUGCUUCUGGAUCAGCGCAGCGAUGAGGUUAAGAUUACUGCUGAAGUGGUUCAAGCAGCAGCUGGAAAUUGGGGGAGCGGCAGAGAAGUGAUGGCAUUGCUUCUGGAUCAGCGCAGCGAUGAAGUCAAGAUUACUGCUGAAGUGGUCCAAGCAGCAGCUGGAAAUGAGGGAAGCAGCAGAGAAGUGAUGGCAUUGCUUCUGGAUCAGCGCAGCGAUGAGGUCAAGAUUACUGCUGAAGUGGUUCAAGCAGCAGCUGGAAAUGAGGGAAGCGGCAGAGAAGUGAUGGCAUUGCUUCUGGAUCAGCGCAGCGAUGAAGUCAAGAUUACUGCUGAAGUGGUUCAAGCAGCAGCUGGAAAUGAGGGAAGCGGCAGAGAAGUGAUGGCAUUGCUCCAGGAUUAG